AUGACGUGGAGUGUUGCCUGGUUUAUAAUGUUUUACCAUCAUCCGUCUGACGACCCGGGCGUCCGGCCAUCCGAGCUCGAACUCUUGACCACCAGCGUCCACCCUAAGGCAAAACUUCCGGUGCCGUGGGCGGAAAUCGUCACUUCGUUGCCCGUGUGGUCGGUGAUGUUGGCCAAUUUCGGUUCGACUGUGUUCUACGUGGUCCUCAUUAUGUACAUGCCAGUGUAUCUUAAGUACACAAUGAAAGUGGAUAUCGCAGACAAUGGUUUCUUGUCCAUGUUGCCGCCGCUCGGCCAAAUAGCCGUCAUGUUUACUGCCGGGAGGUGUGCGUCGUUAGCCCAGGCCAAAGAUUGGAUGAACGUCUCAGCCAUCAGAAAAGUUUUUAGUUGUAUAGGUAUGGCGGUGCCAGCAAUCCUACUUACAGUUGCGACGACUAUACCGAAUAGUUACAUCUUCUACAGUUUUAUAGUAGUAUCGUACAGCCUGUCUGGUUCGGUGUUCUCCGGUUUUCGGGUCAGUCAGAUAGAAAUGGCUCCAAAUUUCGUGGCGGCAAUCACAGCACUUUGCGAUAUUUUCGGCAGCCUAGCAAUGAACCUUACUCACAUAACAUUCCUUGUGAUCAUCGGGGAUUCAUCCGAUCAGAUGGCAUGGGACGAAAUAUGUUGGUGUUUGAGCGUAAUACUCAUUGUGAGUCUUGUCCCGUUCGUCUUGUUCGGGAAUAGCAAAAUACAAUCGUGGAAUACCCCCAAAAAGCCAGAAAUAAACUAA